AGACGGCGACUCGGCGAGCCCUGGAACGAAGGACAGACCCUCUUCCAGAACCUCCUGAAAGGGCGAAUGGAAAGGCCAAAACACUUCAGGGGUAAAAACCAUUCAAAUUACGUCGCGCGUCACGUGGUUUCGCGUGAAGUCCAUUUCGCCAGGAUACAAUAUGUCGGAAAAUAUAGCAUCGUAAAUUGACUGGGCGUUACAGGUACAAAGCAAUUAUACUGAACUCCUAUUCUCCGUCUCCAUCCACGGGAUCCAGUCAUACCAUGUCUCUGGAUGGCGUGUUUCGAGCUCAGUCAUCCCACUCCACCGCCCCGUCGAUAUGGCGUUCCCGACGAGCCGUUGGAACUCGGCGACCGUGCAAUUUGAACUCGACCCAGCCGUCCCACGGUGGUGCGGCCAUAGUCUUCCUUAUUUGGACGAUGAUAUACACGGAUGACCCUAAUUAUGAUAUUGCGUUUCCGGUUUCAAUGGUUUCAGUGGAUCAGCCGCGAAGGAGGAUACACUAUACAACCAAUUGGAUUCGCGCCAUACCUGGCACCCGUAUUGUCGGGGCCUUUCGAUCUCGAUGUCCACAGUAUCUCCCAUCACCAUGGAAAUUCUUAGGUUGUUCAUGGAACAUUCCCCAUCUAGUCGUAACCCCGAGACCAGGGCCGACACGUCACGGUACAGAGUCGAUAGAGCUAUAUCGACGUCAUCAAUAUAUGUAUAUAUAUAUAUAUAUCUAUACAUGUAUGAAAUCCUCUUUCCCCAUGAGGGAAGGUUCAACCAGCCGACAUAUCUCCCAUUCAGCAAAAGAUGUAACCGACACAGAAAGCCCCCACCUAACCUCACUAGUCCUCGACAUGCAGGAAAAAUCAACCGCCGUGGAUCUCUCGACUCCCUAUCAUCACUACACUAAUGGGACUAGCGUUAGACUAGGAUUCAAUGAUACUCGCACCCAAUUGAGAAAUGUCUUUGAAGAUGGUCCUCGUGCCCCCCCACUUGAGUGCAGCUCACUGCCAGCCCUAACUCCUAUGGGGAUUCUGCACGAGCGCACGUCAAACAAUUCCACGCUGAAGAAACCCGUUGCCCAGGCUGGCCAAAGGAUACAGCUUUGAAAAGGAGAGGCGAAGGUCCAAAAAAAAAGAAAGUUUUUUAAAUCUUUAUAUUAUCAUUCAUAGCAGAUUAAUAAGAAAAGUAUAUCCCGCCCCGUCAUAAUUAAACUAUUAUUUCCCAGAUGACCACAGGGCUACUUCAUGCAUCUGUAGUUUUCCCUCUGCGGAGCGGGCCAAGCAA